CAUGCCAGGGUAUUGUGUACAAGGAACAAUCGGUCACAAGAUCCUAAAUGGCCAGAGGAAACUGGAGAUGGAGGGGAGAGCAACACUGGAUGUGAAGCUGCAGGUGGAGUACAUGUCCUUCAGUGCUCACGCAGAUGCAAAGGGCAUCAUGCAGCUCAUUCGGAUGGCAGAGCCUCGAAACAUGCUGCUGGUGCACGGGGAGGCAGUGAAAAUGGAGUUCCUAAAGGGCAAGAUUGAACAGGAGUUCA